AUGCCUCCCAAGCGCAAAAGAUCCGAUCAUCGAGGCCCGCCCGACUCUGGCCCCUCCAGACCUGCCCCCCAUCGACCCGACAAUACGUCACUAGGACAGCAUGACAGAGGCUAUGAUGGAGGACGCGGCGGUGGCCGUAAUGGGAGAAACACCCGGAGACCCGAUCGUCGCGACUCGAAUCAGCCUUACAACAGCAACAACAACAACAGCAACAACAACAACAGCAACAACCCCAAUCCCCCCAUACCGUCGUCCGCUUCCCGCCCUCCGAGCUCUUCCUCGGCCAACAACCUCCCUCCGAUAAACACUGCACCACCAACACCAGUCCCGAAUCCGAGCGCGGCCGCGCCCACACCCGCCCCGCCACCUCAGCCAACAUACCCCUCGGCGCCUCCUUCGCCGAUUCAACCUGGUUACGAUUAUAGCAUCAUCACCGAUGACCGCGUCUCCAGGUGGUCCAAAGGCGCGCGUCAAGAAGUUAUCGAUCAUGGCGUCCAGUCACGCGACGACGAGGACCUUACCGAGGUCGCCGCCAUAUUCCAGGAACUGAUCCACUCUGCUGUCGACGGCCGUCUUCCGGGUUCAGAUGCCGGCAAGGUUAUCAAGGACAUACUGGGCCCCGAGCCUUCAGAGGCUGAUCGUGCCGCCCUGGUUUUUGACGCCCAUACCUUGUUUCUCGACACUGUAGCGACCUUUAUGGACGUAGAAAAUGCGCCUUUCCGGCCCCAGCUCCGUGAUCUCAUGUACGCCACAGAGGUGUCGACUACCCUCAUGCGCCAAGUCCUCGACGCUGCAGUUCUUCAACCACUGGGCCUCGUCCGCGAUACGUUCGUUCGUGUAGGCAUCCGGCAGUCGACGAAUCUGCUCUAUCGCCAGGCCAACUAUAAUCUUCUGCGAGAAGAGACAGAGGGCUACUCUAAACUUGUUACCGAACUGUUUACGACUAGCAGUGCGGAACCACCAUCCUCCGAGGUCGUGCAGGCUGCGUUCAACAAGGUUAUGGGCCUUAUUGGAACAUUCGACCUGCACCCAGGCCGCGUUCUCGACGUCACGCUGGACGUGUUUGCCUCAGUACUCAUUAAACAGUUCAGGUUCUUUAUUAAAUUCCUGCGCGUGAGUUCCUGGUGGCCCCGUACUCAGAUCAAACUCCCGCCUGAAACAUUUGUCGGCGGUUUGCCUAUAUGGGCCCUCCCCGACCACUCCAACUGGGUUGCGAGCGAAGAGGAGGAAAAGGCUCUUGCCGCACAACGCCUAAAACGCGACAUUGCGUUCUGGGACAGAGCACGCAAGAUCAAGCUUGAUGCAUUUUUCGAGCUCGGCGGCCGGCAGGUCACCAAUUUGGACGACGAGGAUCUUCCGGACGCCCGCGCGGAGAGCGGACAGGAAAACAGUAUUCAAAAGGAAUGGAUCAAAAUCACCAAAACUUUGCCACCUACUGGUAAUCGCGAUGCGGCCCAGAUGCUGGGCUUCAAGUUGCGUUUCUAUACGACAGAAGCUAGGGAUAGCGAGGACAUGCUCCCUGCAAACCUUCUCUAUCUCCUGGCCCUGCUCAUCAAGGUUGGGUUCAUCACACUAACCGAUCUCUGGGAGCAUAUCUGGCCGCCGGACGACAUGAUGGAGGCGGUCAAGGAAGCCAGGUUCAAGGAGCUGGAAGAAAAGGAGAGGGCAAACCGACCAGGAGGUGCCGCUAAUGCGUUGAUGAUGGCCGGAGCCCUUCCGGAUGACAUGGCCCCUCCUCCGAUGAACAGUCGCCGCGACAUGGCCCACGGAAAAGCUGAUGCUGAUACCAAGGCCACAGCCGAGACUGCCGAAGAAAAGCCCAAGCUUCCAGAACCUGAUGACCAAAAGGUCAUUCUCCUCAAGUGUCUCCUCACGAUUGGUGCUAUCCCGGAAUCUCUGUUCAUCAUAGGACGACAUGACUGGAUUCUUCAAGCACACCCCGACCUUAUACCUCUUGUACACCGCAUCCUUCACCACUCUGUCGAAACCGUGUACCAACAAAGCCGCCCUCAACCCAAGUCUCCGGCCUCGGCCAAUUGUCCUGGCAAGAAACUUCCGGAUGUGGACCAAUCCGGGGUUCCUAAAGGCAGUAUUAGGCUCGCCGCCAUCACUCCUAAACGCGCCUUGAGAUGGCCGUUCCCGGACGCUGAAACCAGCGAAGGAGGUGGAUACCGCUUCUACUGGGACGAGUGGGCGGAUAAUGUUCCUGUCUGCCAAACUGUCGACGACAUCUUCACGCUCUGCGAUACCUUUGUGAACGUUAUUGGCGUGAGCAUCGGCCAGGAUGCUGGUCUGAUUGCGAAGCUCACAAGCAUCGGCGCCAAGAGCAUGGCCGAUGAUCAGUCACCGGCCAACCGUUCCCGGUGGUUGGCGUUACUCAAACGCCUCCUCGUGCCUUCCUUGAGUCUGCUGGAAACCAACUCCUCGGUUGUCGAUGGCGUCUGGACCCUUCUCAAGCAGUUCCCUAUUCAUGUUCGAUACAACGUUUACGCCGAAUGGUACGAGGGUCAAACAUCCCGACUCGAACCCAUGAAGAAGGCGUUUGCGCGAACCCGCCUAGAGACGCUCAGUACUAUGAAGCGUUUGUCUUUGACCAAUAUCCCGCAGAUGGCCAAGACCCUUGCUAAAACCGCUUAUCCAUCUCCCGGUAUCGUUUGCAAGGUCGCGCUGCAGCAAAUCGAGUCCUACAGCAACCUGAUCGAGGCCUUCGUAGAGUGCGCCAAGUAUUUCACAGACCUUGGUUACGAUGUUCUCGUCUGGUCUGUUCUUAGCUCUCUUGGUGGGCAGCAGAGAAGCCGGACACAGGAAAGCUCGGUGCUGCUUACCAGCAAGUGGCUCCAGGCGUUGUCCAGAUUCUCCGGCAAGGUCUUCCUCCGUUAUUCUAGGAUGGAUCCCACACCUAUCCUUCGUUAUGUGGACAAUCAGCUUUCCAAGGGUAACUCCACUGACCUCGUCAUCCUCAAGGAGUUGAUCUCCUCCAUGGGAGGUGUGGUUUCAGACCUGGAUUUCACCGAUGCACAGCUUCAUGCCAUGACCGGUGGUGAGCUUCUAAGACGCGAAACCCUCACCAACCUAGGCGAUAAGCGUUAUGUAUCAACCAAGAGUGCCGACCGACUCGUUCAGGCGCUCAUGACUAACGGACUUGCUGGCCGCCUCCUCGCCAACAUCGCUCAGUACCGCCAAAGCGCCAUCUCUGCGGUCGUUCAGGGCGAUGCUCACAUCAAGUACCUAGCCACCAUGGCAGACGAUACUCACCAGGUGCUACUGCAGUACCUGGACCUUCUCCGCAGUAGUCUUGAUGGAGAGACCUUCAACAACCUUGUUCCCAGUGUCAUUCGGCUCAUGCGCGACUACGGUCUUGGGGCAGGUCUUGCGUUCUUGAUCGGACGGGCCAGUAUUCGCACGGCUAUGAACCGAGUCCGAGGUCAGUCAGAGAGUCAGGCGCCGGCUGCCUCAGCUGCUCCCGAUACGGACGGAGAUGUGGCCAUGACUACAGCAAAUGGCGAUGAUGCUGCGAGCACGCCUGCCGCCGACGGCCAAACUACGGUUCCAGCUCAAGGCGCAAAUGAACGGAAAGUGGACCCCGUUUUGGAGCCUUUCCAACCUGUCAUUGACGAGAUCCCCACUGUCUUGUCAGAGGACACUCUCCGAUACCUCACCCCCACCUGCUAUGUCCUCUUCUGGGCCUUGCAGCUGGGUGACCUUUCUUUCCCACAGGAUAAUUACAGUGACGAAAUCAACAGGCUCAAGAAGCUUGCUAGGGAGGUAAUGAACGACAGAUCGGACAUGACACGAAUUGGAAUGAACAAGAAGACGCAGAAACAAGCCGAAAUCAACGCUCGGGUGUCAUCCCUUCUCAAGGAGAAUAGCGAAGAACUCCAGCGAUACUCGAAAUUCCGCUUUCAGUUGAGCAGACAGCUCACUACCUGGUUCCCGGCUGAUAUUACGAAAGUCGAUGUGACGGCAGAUACCAUGCUUGAGGAAUGCAUUCUUCCUCGGUUGCAGCUUUCUGGUUUAGAUGCCGAGUACAGCUUCAAGUUCCUCAAAUUCCUUCACGAGUUCUCAGCACCAAAUUUCAAGCUCAUGUCACUCUACGACCGACUUUUCCAGCACAACAGGCUCCGCAGUAUGCUCUUCACUUGCACUGUACGUGAAGCGGAGCACAUCGGUCGGUUUUUGAAGUGCAUUCUCAGCGAGCUCUCAAAGUGGCACGGUGACAAGAAUGCUUACGAGAAAGAAGCACUGGGCUCGAAGGAGGUGCAAGGUAAGAAAACAAGGAACUACGUUGGUUUCGCUACUGCCUUUGACGCGGACGGGAAACCCACGGCUUUCGUUGAACACGAUGCGUUCCGUGACCUCCUCUUCAAAUGGCAUAAGGAGCUCAACUCGGCACUGAGGGCAUGCCUCAAUGAUAUGGAGUGGAUGCAUAUCAGGAAUGCCAUUACAGUAUUGAAGGCUGUUAUCGACUUCUUUCCGGCGAUCAACUUCAUGGCCGAGAAGUUCUUGGAGCAACUUAAGACCAUCACUGAGCGAGAGGCUGCCUCCAAGAACGCUCCCGAAACCGAGGAAGGCCAUCGUGUCGAUCUCUCGGUUACAGCACAGACGGCGUUCUCUGAGCUACAAAAGAGGAAGUCCAAAUGGAUCCUGGUUCAGGCAUUCCGCCCUGGUAUAGUAAGUGCAUCGGCUCAGGCUCCGACGCGUACAAACGCUGACCGAGCACAGACGGGUGAUUCGAAAGAGGAGGGCAAGUCCUCUCUUCGCGCUGCAGCAGCAACCCUCAAGCCCAAUUCCCACGGAAGGAAACAAAGCGCCGCCGAGGUUGAAGAUGGUGAAGUCAAGGAUGGCAGAAGUGGAAGAUCUGGCGCGGCCUCCGGAAACCAGAAGGACUCUGCUCCGACAAGAAACCUCCCUACUAGGGAACCGCAAAAGGACGCUAACCCUCCACAAAGGUCAAUGGGAGGCAAUGGACCGCCUCCUCGACCUCCAGCGCCCAACGCAGGUCCUCUACCGACCAAACUUCCUGGAAACCGCAGUGAUGUCAACAGACCAUCGACACUAACAUCUGGCGGCCGUGGCCUGCCCAGCAAUCCUGAUCUGCCAAGGAGACCAGAUGUGCCAAUACCAGAGGUUUUCAGUGCCAGCCACUUUAACCGAGCCCAGCACAACAUGAAUAACAGAAGAGAGCCCGCUUCAUCUAGGGAUGGUCGUGAUGCCCGAGAGCCGCGUGAGACUCGGGAGCCGCGCGAGACACAUCCUCGUGAAACGAGGGAGCCCGUGCAUGGUCGGGAGAGCAGAGACUAUCGAGCGCCGGAAACGUCACGCCCUGAACGACCGCGCGACUUCCCAUCAACCGACAGGCGUCCCGCGGAACCGCCUACAAGGGACUCAUCUCGCCCAUCCGAUAGGGAUUGGCCGAAUCGUGCGGAACCGCCACCUCGUAGGACCGAGCCUACAGCUGCCCCUGGACGUGAUGGCCGGCAGCCACGAGACAGAACGCCCCAUGGUGCUAACCGGCACGAUGGAAGACUGUCUAGGGAAAAUGCAGGUGCGGCACCUUCAGCGGUUGCCUCAUCUCACAAUGACGCACCAGAGCCGCCUAUCAACCCGGAACGUGCGCGACUCCUAGCAGAAGCCGAACAGAAGCAGUCUCAUCCCAACCCACCGAGAGCUGCUGAACAGCCACCUUCUCAUAUCAACCCGGCGAGAGCUGCUCUCAUCACCGACGCUCGUGAGCCGCAAGGCCGUUCCUCGUCCAGGGAUCAAACUCGCGAACGACCUCCCCGUACAGAAUCUCCCAGGUCAUCUGAACGGUCGGCGACCAGUCAGGCCGAUAACGCUCGCGACGACCGUCAAGGGCGCCAUCGACAUUCGGAUUACCACAGCACCGGCCGUGACGGGCACGCACACGGAGAUAUCGGAUCGUCACAUGGCCGCCUAGACCGCCCUGCUGAUAGAGAAAUCGAGAGACCAGGAGGAUCCAGAGAUGGUUCAUACACUCAACCUCCUCCUCGCGGCACGGACCAUGACCAUGGCAGACCUGUCCAACAAGAUCCUAACUACGGUAGGCUGAAUCCUAUCCAGUCAAUCGUUGACAGUGGACCGGCAGCAGUACCAGCAGCAACUUCGGGGUCCGGCGGUCCACCGCCAUCAGGCCCGCGGGGUCGUGGCAGGAACAACGCUAGGAUGGGUCCUGCUAACGGAGUCCCAAUCCGUCCUGACGGCCGAUUCCCGGGUAUGGAAGCCAACCGUACAUCCUCUCCCGAUCGUCAACCCCCGACUGGUCCUUCGUCUUCACGACAGUCGCGGAGAGGUCAGUAUGAUAACGCAGGCGGCAAUGUCAACGCACCACCUUCUUCUCUGCCUUCUCAAUCUCCCGGCGUUCAUCCUGAUCGGAUGAGCCACAUCAAUCAGCAACCACAGCAAGGCGGUCAAUCAAGUCAGCAACAACAAUCACAAGCUGGACCGCCGCCGCCUCCGCCCCCACCACCUUCGGCUCCGGGAGUUCACCCUGAUCGGUUGAAUCAAAUCAACCCUGAUCGGUUGAAUCAAAUCAAUGGUCCACCUAGUCAUCGACCAACUGGUCCAAGUGCCCAUAACCGGCCUCCGAUCAACACCCCAGACCGACCCUCCAUGUCUGCACCUAACAACAGCGGACGGCAACAACCCUCUGGACAGCAUGGCUCGAACUUCGCCACUCCUACCGGCCCAUCAGCUUCUAACAAUGACCGCAUGAGAUCUGGCGGAGGAAGCAGACAGCUUCGUGGUAUCCAGAACAUGCUUGAUAAAGCAUCUAUGGACGCUCGCGGGCCUGGUUCGCGCAUGCGUGGGUCGUCAAGACUCAACACCAUGGUGGACUCGGAUGCGCAAGUGCUAGCUGGUGCAUCACCCGGCAACACGCCUGUCAAUGACAGGCCCGACCCCCUCAGAGACAUUCGUGAGACCGGUUCGCGCAGGGAAAUGAGCACGGACCGUGGCGAUCGGGAUCGGGACCGUGGUAGAGAUACCAGAGAUAGGGAGUCCAGAGACCGAGAGCCACGUGGUGGUCUGGCGCCCAUCCAAGUUGUCGGUGACAGUCGUGAGGAUUCCUCGUCGAUUCCACAUGGCGGUCACUCCCGUGGUGAUGUGAACGGAGAAGGAUAUGGCUCCAGCAGCAGAGGAGGAGCCGGCGGGGAUCACGAGCGCGGAAGUAGCCGGCACCAUAGCUCUCGCUCGGAGAGAAGCGACAGGCCUUCGAGGAGAAACAGCCGCGAGCGCAACCCCGGUGGUGGUGGCGGUGACGCGAAGGAGUCGAGUUCUAGAAGCGACUAUUCCAGAGAAAGUAGGAGCCGUGGCGGCGGCGGUGGCGGCGGCCCAUCGACGGCUAACGCACCUGGUGGCCCCAGUGCCGACCUCAUCACGGGUGGGUCUUCGCGUGGUGACCGGAGAUCCGGCCGCGAUUCCAAUGCCGGAAGCGGAUCUGGUCACAGAGGCGGUGGAGGAGACAUGCCGCCCCCGCCACCUUCAAGAGAACCCAGUCAUCGCGGCCAUGGCAGCCACAGAGGUGGAGGUGAUGGAUCAAGCCAUAACCAGGGUGGACCGCCGCCUAUGGGAGGCGGAAGGAGCGAUGGCCAUGGUAGGCCGCCGCGGGAAUCAAGAUCCUCCAGGCCUAGCGGACCCGGUGGUGGACAUGAUGACAUGAGAGGAGGUGGUGAUGAUAGGUCAAGGAAGCGGAGAGGUGAUGGAGUAAUCGAUUCGUCUCAGGGGCCUGGAGGUCAUCAGGACAAGCGGCCGCGUCGCUAGUAGCAAGGC